CGGGCCCCGGGAGCCGCUCCUUCCCGACCGAUGUCCGCAAGAUGGAGGCGACGGGGGCGACGGCGUGAGGAGGGCGGCGCGGAGAGCGCGGGAGCAGGCCGGCGGGCGGCGGAGGCGGCGGGAUGGGGCUGCUGCUCAUGAUCCUGGCGUCGGCCGUGCUGGGCUCGUUCCUCACGCUGCUCGCACAGUUCCUGCUGCUCUACCGCAGACAACCCGAGCCGCGGGCGGACGAGGCGGCCCGCGCGGGCGACGGCUUCCGCUAUCUCAAGCCGGUGCCGGGCCUGCCCCUUAGGGAGUACCUCUAUGGCGGCGGCUCGGAGGAGCCCGCGGCCGGGUCGUCCGAGGCCGGCUCCACUCCGACUCCGACCCCCGACAGCCCGGCCCCGCCGACGCGGGAGACCUGCUACUUCCUCAAUGCCACCAUCCUGUUCCUGUUCCGGGAGCUGCGGGACACGGCGCUCGCCCGCCGCUGGGUCACCAAGAAGAUCAAGGUGGAGUUUGAGGAGCUGCUGCAGACCAAGACGGCCGGCCGCCUGCUGGAGGGGCUGAGCCUGCGCGACGUGUUCCUGGGCGACACGGUGCCCUUCAUCAAGACCAUCCGCCUGGUGCGGCCCGUGGUGGCCUCGGGCACCGGCGAGCCCGACGGCCCCGACGGGGACGCGCUGCCCGCCACCUGCCCCGAGGAGCUGGCCUUCGAGGCGGAGGUGGAGUACGACGGCGGCUUCCACCUGGCCAUCGACGUGGACCUGGUGUUCGGCAAGUCCGCCUACCUGUUCGUCAAGCUGUCGCGGGUGGUGGGCCGGCUGCGCUUCGUCCUUACCCGCGUGCCCUUCACCCACUGGUUCUUCUCCUUCGUGGAGGACCCGCUGAUUGACUUCGAGGUGCGCUCCCAGUUCGAGGGGCGGCCCAUGCCCCAGCUCACCUCCAUCAUCGUCAACCAGCUCAAGAAGAUCAUCAAGCGCAAGCACACCCUGCCCAGUUACAAGAUAAGGUUUAAGCCGUUUUUUCCAUACCAAGCCUUGCAAGGAUUUGAAGAAGAUGAAGAACUUAUCCAUAUUCAACAGUGGGCACUUACUGAAGGCCGGUUGAAAGUUACAUUGUUAGAAUGUAGCAGGUUGUUCAUUUUUGGAUCCUAUGACAGAGAAGCAAAUGUUCAUUGCACACUUGAGUUGAGCAGUGGUGUUUGGGAAGAAAAACAAAGGAGUUCUAUUAAGACGGUUGAAUUAAUAAAAGGGAAUUUACAGAGUGUGGGACUUACACUUCGUCUUGUUCAGUCAACUGAUGGAUAUGCUGGGCAUGUCAUAAUUGAAACCGUGGCCCCAAACUCACCUGCUGCAAUUGCAGAUCUUCAGCGAGGAGAUCGGCUCAUUGCAAUUGGAGGUGUGAAAAUCACAUCCACACUGCAGGUGCUGAAGCUUAUCAAGCAGGCUGGUGACCGCGUCCUAGUGUACUACCAAAGACCUGUUGGUCAGAGCAACCAAGGGGCCGUGCUGCAAGACAGUUUGGGCCAGUUAGAAGAAAACUUUUUGUCAAGUGCUUGCCAGCCAGGUUAUGAAGAAGAAGCUGCUGGGUUGCCAGUGGAUACUGAAAAUAGAGACCUUGAUUCGGAAUUUGAAGACUUGGCAAGUGAUGUCAGAGUACAAACAGAGUUCAAAGAGGAGGCACAGCCCUUAAGUCCCAGUCCCAAGCGCACUCCAACAACGCUUUCUAUUAAACCCCUUGGCGCUAUAUCCCCAGUUUUAAAUCGUAAAUUAGUUUCAGGAAUCCAUCCACCACCACAAAAACUUCCAUCUAAAGAAGGAAAUAAACCAUCAGCUCUUAAAACUUCAGAGGCCACAGAAGCAGCACCAGUGUCCAAACCCCAGGGAUCCACUUUCAAACCACCUGUGCCACCACGACCACAAGUGAAAAUUCCUUUGCCUUCCACUGACACUCCAACUCAGGCAGACCCAGAUGCUGUUGAAAAGCCAGAGAAGGUGCUGCUCCCUCCUCCUCCUACAGAGAAACCUGCUGAAAAGCAAGUGAAGAGCGUGGAUCAUGGAGAAGAUGGAGCAGCAGGUAAGCAGUCUUCAGCAAAGCAAGAAGUAGUAAAAGAUGUUACUUCAGAAAGUUCUGGUCCUACUAAGGACCCUUCGGAUGACCAUCAGAUGUGGGAAUCAUCAGAGGUUCUUUAUCGUAAUAAGGUAGGAAAGUGGUCAAGAACCAGAGCAUCCUGUUUGUUUGACAUAGAAGCCUGCCACAGGUACCUGAACAUUGCACUGUGGUGCAGGGAUCCUUUCAAGUUAGGAGGUCUCAUCUGUUUGGGGCAUGUUAGUUUAAAACUUGAAGAGGUGGCUUUAGGUUGCCUAGCUACAUCAAACAUGGAAUACCUUUCAAAGUUCAGACUGGAAGCCCCGGCUCCUAAGGCCAUGGUCACUAGAACUGCACUGCGCAGUCUGAGUAUGCAAAAGGGCUUCAACGACAAGUUUUGUUUCGGUGACAUUACUAUUCAUUUCAAAUAUUUGAAGGAAGGAGAACCAGACCACCACAUAGUUCCUAACAUAGAGAAAGAAAAAGAACUCCAUUUGAUUGAGGAAGUUUCAUCACUCCCUAAAGAGGAACAUUUUGUUGGACAGAUGAGUUUGUCAGAAAAUAAACAUAGUUUCCAGGAUACUCAGUUCCAAAACCCAACUUGGUGUGAUUACUGUAAGAAAAAAGUCUGGACAAAAGCUGCUUCCCAGUGUAUGUUCUGUGCUUAUGUUUGUCAUAAAAAAUGUCAAGAAAAGUGUCUAGCUGAGACACCUCUUUGUGGAGCAACUGAGAGGCGAAUAGACCGGACCUUGAAAAACCUCAGGUUGGAGGGACAGGAACCACUCAUGGGCCUUCCUCCUCGUGUGGAGAUGGAAGCUAAUAAGUCAGUCCAUAAAACAACUGGCUUGACAAGGCACAUUAUUAAUACUAGCUCUCGUUUACUAAAUUUGCGUCAAGUCUCUAAAGCUCGUGUUUCUGAACCAGGAACAGAUCUUGUGGAACCAUCACCAAAGCACACACCCAACACAUCAGACAAUGAAGGAAGUGACACAGAGGUGUGUGGUCCAAACAGUCCUUCCAAACGAGGGCACAGUGCAGGAAUAAAGUUGGUGAGAAAGGAAGGUGGGCUGGAUGACAGUGUUUUCAUUGCAGUGAAAGAAAUCGGCCGUGAUCUGUAUAGAGGCUUGCCAACAGAAGAAAGGAUCCAAAAGCUAGAAUUCAUGCUGGAUAAACUGCAGAAUGAAAUUGAUCAGGAGUUGGAACACAAUAAUUCCCUUGUUAGAGAAGAAAAAGAAACAACUGAUACAAGAAAAAAAUCACUUCUUUCUGCUGCCUUGACUAAAUCAGGUGAAAGACUACAAGCUCUGACACUCCUGAUGAUCCACUACAGGGCAGGCAUUGAAGAUAUUGAGACCUUAGAGAGCCUGUCUUUAGACCAGCAGUCGAAAAAGGUAAACAAAUACACAGAUGAUACGGAAGAAGACCUUGAUAAUGAAAUAAGCCAACUGAUCGACUCUCAGCCAUUCAGUAGCAUCUCGGAUGACUUGUUUGGCCCAUCAGAGUCUGUGUAGCAGACAAACUAAACUUUCAAGUGGUUGGGGACAAAAUGCAUCUGGUGUGCCACGGAUACAGCCAUGUUUCAGUUCUCUCGUGGUGCGCUUUGGCCUGCUUCUACAGUUGCUUGCUUGUAUAAGAAUGAAAGGUGGUUUUCCAGCAGAAACAUAACGAGCUCACCAAACUGGUUGUUUUGGAUUGUGUUUAUUCUUAUUGGUUUGGGGGUUUAUACUGGGAAUUGGGUUUUAUUAAUUUAUUUUUAACCUUUUCUAAUUAUGUAAGCUAACUUUGUGUUUAUGUAUUGUGAUGUCUCACUGUCCUUUUUUUUCUUUCCUCCUUGUUAUUGAAUUAAUGUUAAGUAAGAUCCUGUCCAGAUUCCUGAAAUAUUUUCAUUCUCAUUCAUCACGGUUAUAACAGAAAAUUUGUUGCAUGCCUAAAUUGACAGCAGUAAUCACUGAGGGAACAGAAUUGAAUCUUCUUUCUUCUAUGUUUUGAGGUUUGUCAGCCGUACUGCGUGAGGUUUUGUUAUAUGGGGUUGGGAGGAUUUCUGUUUUGUUUUAUUUUGUUUUGUUGUUGCUGCCAAAUACAAACGAAAGCAAACCGUA